AUGUCGGUGAUGGUGGUGAGAAAGAAGGUGACACGGAAGUGGGAGAAACUCCCAGGCAGGAACACCUUCUGCUGCGAUGGCCGUGUCAUGAUGGCUCGGCAAAAGGGCAUCUUUUACUUGACCCUGUUCCUCAUCCUGGGGACAUGUACACUCUUCUUUGCCUUCGAAUGCCGUUACUUGGCUGUCCAGCUAUCUCCUGCCAUCCCUGUGUUUGCUGCCAUGCUCUUCCUUUUUUCCAUGGCUACCCUGUUGAGGACCAGCUUCAGUGACCCUGGAGUGAUCCCUCGAGCUCUACCAGAUGAAGCAGCUUUCAUAGAAAUGGAGAUAGAAGCUACCAAUGGUGCGGUACCCCAGGGCCAACGACCACCCCCUCGUAUCAAGAAUUUCCAGAUUAACAACCAGAUUGUAAAGUUGAAAUACUGUUAUACAUGCAAGAUCUUCCGACCUCCCCGGGCCUCCCAUUGCAGCAUCUGUGACAACUGUGUAGAGCGCUUCGACCAUCACUGCCCCUGGGUGGGGAAUUGUGUUGGAAAGAGGAACUACCGCUACUUCUACCUCUUCAUCCUUUCUCUCUCCCUCCUCACCAUCUAUGUCUUCGCCUUCAAUAUCGUCUAUGUGGCCCUCAAAGUACUCAUUUGUUUCUUCACACUCUGGUCCGUCGUGGGACUAACUGGAUUUCACACUUUCCUUGUGGCUCUCAACCAGACAACCAAUGAAGACAUCAAAGGCUCAUGGACAGGGAAGAAUCGAGUCCAGAAUCCCUACAGCCACGGCAACAUUGUGAAGAACUGCUGUGAAGUGCUGUGUGGCCCCCUGCCCCCCAGCGUGCUGGAUCGAAGAGGUAUUUUACCACUGGAGGAAAGUGGAAGUCGACCUCCUAGCACUCAAGAGACCAGUAGUAGCCUCUUGCCACAGAGCCCAGCCCUAACAGAACAUCUGAGCUCAAAUGAAAUGCCGGAGGACAGCACUCCUGAAGAGAUGCCACCCCCAGAACCUCCAGAGCCACCACAGGAGGUGGCUGAAGCUGACAAGUAG